AUUCGUUAUCAAUUGGACUAUACACUGAAAAAAUCACUCUACCCUGGAAAGAGGAUAGUUGAAAGCAAAGAAGAUAGUUGAAAGCAAUAAGAAUAGUUGAAAAAAUGACUCUAUCUUUUUCUUGCUUAGUUUUACUUUUAGCCAGUUAUAAUAUAAAAGUUAUUUUGGGUUGUAUGUGUAUGCCAGUUCAUCCACAAAGCGCUUUGUGUAAAGCAGAGUACAUUAUUAAGGCCAGGGUUCUUUCGAACAAAAUUAUAAAGGUCAAUAAUACAGAUGAAAACUUUCUAAACUUGGGCAUUCCUUUGCCUCAUCAUACUGUUUAUAAGAUUCUGAUUAACUCUGUGUUGAAAAAUGCAAAUCCGUCUUAUCGAUUUAAUUUGCAACAAAUUCAUUCGCUUCAUAUACCUGCAGCAGAAAGCAAUUGUGGAAUUCAACUUGAGAUUGGAAAACUUUAUUUGCUGACUGGAAAAUUUGAACAUUCUAAACUUCAAAUGACCAAUUGUGAUUUUCAUUUGAAAUGGCACCAGUUAACUAUUGAUAUGAUUGAUGGCAUUAACGGAAAGUAUGAUUGCAGUUGCCAGAUUGCAACGUGUAUGGAUGGCUAUUGCGAUAAUAAAAAUGCUUGCAAAUGGAACCUCUCUUGGGACAAAUCUUUUGAAGAUUGUGCGUAUAAACAUUUAAACUGUGAAAGGUCUAAUAGAAAGGUUUGUCAAUGGAAUCAAAAAUCGUCUUAUAAACAAUGUCUUUUAGCCGAAAAACUAUUCAACGAUGUUUAGAAACUUACAAAGAAAAAGUGUGUACAACUAGGAUACGUCCUAGAAAAAAAUGUUUAAGUUAUUAUUAAUACUAUUCAAAAUUACUGA